AUGCGUGCUUCCAUAGCCAUUAUCGCCACCAUCACCAGCCAAAUUGUCCAUGCACAAUUUGGAAUGGACAUGUUCCCUGGUAGCAUGAUCUCUGGUAGCAUGGCGACAUGCCAAGACGGUCACGUACCUACUCUGACCUGUGAAAACCCGGUUCCAGAGAGCUGCGCUUGCACUUGUAGUGACGGAUUGACAUUCAACCAGUCCCGUCCUCCCGUCGUCGACCCUGUGCCUCCACCGGUAGAGCCACCGGUAGAGCCACCACAUCAGCUUGACGAAAAACCCUGCACUACGGAAAUCAUCCAAAGCUGGGCGCGCUUGGAGCUACAUCACAAAAUCGGGUCAUAUGAACCCUCAGAGAUGAAGACAAAAGACAUUAGUUUUCCAGAGGACACUGUCUUAGUGGUAGCUGAUGCGGCCAGAAGGUGCCAACACUUUGAGGUAUCUAUUGAUGGAAAAGUGAUUGGGCAGACGUAUGGAAAGGGCCCCCUUGACUAUUUUGAUUGCGGAACCGUGGAUAAUUGUAUAAACAACCACGAGGGCAGUGUUGGUUAUUUCACGCUUCCCAAAGAUUAUAUCGUGGACAAUUGGCUAAUGCGAGUUGUAGGAAACCAUGUUCUUGGAAUGAGGUGGGUCGGGAUUACAGAGCCAUGCAAGGACAUUGAAAAGGCCCUUGGGUAUUUCCAGAUCUACAAACCAUGCUGA